GUGUUUAGGAGUGUAUCGAUGUAUGUAUAUGACUGUGGUUGGUACAUGAUAACAUUAUUAAUCUAAGAAAUACAUUAGUAUGACAGAAGUAUUGUUAACAAAAUUUUUUAAUUUUUAUUAACUUGAGACGAGCAACUGUUCUUUGCGAGGAAACAGACAUCAAUACACAGGAAAAUUUAAUACGUGGCUUUCUACAUAACCUACGUUUAUUAAUACGUUGUCAAAGAAGUUUAUGCAGAUUCAGAAGAAAAAGUUGUAUACGCGGCUAAUAAAUAUAUUAUGGGAUUUAAGUAUCUGUAGUCUUUAAUCACGCUGACUUUAUUCGGGCGUCAAAAUGCCUACGGUAAUAGCGUUGGACGUCUCUCUCUCAAUGAGGAGACGUGGAUCUAUGAUUGGGAAUGAAUAUUCGCCAAAUUAUGAAUCAUUGACGCGGCAUCAAUUAGCGCUGCAUGGCAUAAACACUCUGUUACACUACUUGCAAGUUAAUUCAAAGUUAGAAUUUGUGUCAGUGAUUGCAUUUUCAUCAUUGUACGAAGUAAUUUGCCCUUUUACUCGCGAUUAUGAAGGCAUACGCAGCAAGUUACGAAUUAUCGAUGAGUGUGACAAGACAUUUAUUGAAGGAGCAUUACAUGGAGUUAAUAAUGUAAUUAUGGCGGAAUGGGGUAAUGCCACGGCUUGCCAAGUGAUAUUAAUUACAGAUGGCAAUCCUGGCAUAGGACCAAUGUCUUUAGGCAAUUCUUUAAAUUCUUUAAAUUCUUUAAAUGUCACACAAGAUGUAAAUCCCUUUCCCCUACCUUUUCCAUACCCAGGAAAAUUAAGUAUAGUUUGCAUUGCAUCGCAGCAGGAUCCUAGUUUGCAGACCGGUUUACCUCUCUAUCAGCGUUUAGCUGACCUAGCUGGUGGUGACAGCAUUGUAUUAGUUCCUGAAUCACCGCUCAGCAAACAUUCCAUCAUGACUUGCUUCCAAAAGCUAGCGGAAGCAAAUUAUGUUUCUUUCCAAGGAUACCUAAAGUGUGGCCAUUUAGGCUCCCGUAUUUUAUUAUCACCAGCCCCUAUGCCUUAUACAAAGAAGACAGAUUUCGAAUUGGCUCCAGGCUUGGCAAUAUCAAAAACUAUAGAAAUAUGUGGAUUUAUAUCUGUAGGAGAUGUUGGUAGCCCAAGUUCCAUUUCUAGACAUUUAGUAUUACCAUUGACAACAGAGAAAAAUUCAAGCAUGCAGGGCAUAUCGUUAGAAGAGGAGUCAGAUACCGAUGAAAAUGAAGAUGAAGGAAAAAUGCCGUCUUUUUGUGUGUUGCUUCAUGGAGCAUUAAAGGUAGAAAACAUGGCAGCCCUUUGUAUGUUGAAUAACGAAUGGUAUGGAUUUAUAUAUUCUUGGGCGGAUACAAAGAAGAAAUCUAACUUAAUGCUAACAGUAUUAGAACCAGGAUCUGACGUUGUACCGUGGUUAGGCAAUUUUAGCAAUUUGGGUCCGUUAGAUACGGUUAAAAGUUCUCCAGUUAGUUUUCCAGUUAGACCAACUGAAAAGAGAAGUUAUACACAAAAUGCUCCUUCAUGGAUUCGCCAAGUUGGCUUGCAGUCUGAUAUUCAAAAAAUAUUAAGACAUGCGAGAAAAUUACCCGACAAGACACAAAACUUUUACAAGGAGGUAAACAGAUUACGACGUGCAGCAGCGUCUAUAGGAUUCAUCGAAUUAUUAGAAGGAUUAGCGUGCAUUUUAGAGCGAGAAUGCACAUUGCUACCAUCAAAUCUAAAUCCUGACUGCACGAUCCAAAUGGGGCACGUUGCAUCGAUGAUCAGAAAGCCAGAAUUUCAUGAACUUAGAUACAAUAUUCCACCCGCACGAACGAAAUUUCAACCUGGAUCAUAAAUUGCAAUGCACAAUAAUUGGAAUGUUACUAUAUUUAUAUCAAAGCUGGACAUUCAUA